AUGCUGGAAGACCAAGAAUGGACGAGUACAUUUCUCCAGCGGAAAAAGAAGCUCAUGAUAGAGUGCUAUAACACAGCAACCGACUUCUUAUUCAAGCAUGGCAUUCUACUUUAUGAUAUGAACGCGGGACUGUUUAUCUGGGUCGAUCUUCGGCAUUUGUUAGUGUCGAAAUCGUCGGUGCGAAAUUCAGACUAUGACACACUAAGAGUGAUGGCUGUUGAUUCCCAGCGUCACCAGCAAAUAGAGCUGAAGAUCUCAGACAUCUGCAUGAAGAAUGGGGUCAUGAUCGCUCCUGGUCAUGUCUAUAGGGCUGAGGAGUACGGUUGGUUCCGCAUUACCUUCACUGUUGGAAGAGAGGCACUGGACGAAGGAUUAAAACGCCUUUUGAAAUCGAUUGAGGAAAUCGAGGCUGUGAGCGACGGUUGGAAAUGGACGUGA